CGCCCACCAGUCGCUCCCCGGGCCCGACCAGGAUCGUGCGCGCACCGCGCUCCACUAGCACCCCUGCAGCCGCCAUGGGUGAACGCCUAGGGUCCGGAGGAGGCGCGAGCCAGGGGCGGGAGUGCCUCUCCAUCCACAUCGGCCAGGCGGGCGUGCAGAUGGGGUCGGCCUGCUGGGAGCUCUACUGCCUGGAGCACGGCAUCCAGCCCGACGGCCAGAUGCCGGCCGACACGACGGUCGGCAGCGAGGGCGACUCCUUCAACACCUUCUACUCCGAGACGGCCAACGGCAAGCACGUGCCCAGGGCCAUCUUCGUGGACCUCGAGCCGACCGUCGUGGAUGAGGUGCGCACGGGGGCGUACCGCCAGCUGUUCCACCCGGAGCACCUCAUCACGGGCAAGGAGGACGCCGCCAACAACUACGCCCGCGGCCACUACACCAUCGGCAAGGAGAUCAUCGACGUGACCCUGGACCGCAUCCGCAAGAUGGCCGACCACUGCCACGGCCUGCAGGGCUUCCUCAUCUUCCACUCGUUUGGCGGCGGCACCGGCUCGGGCUUCGCGUCGCUGCUGCUCGAGCGACUCUCCGUGGACUUCCCCAAAAAGAGCAAGCUCACGUUCUCCAUCUACCCUGCGCCGCAGGUGGCCACGGCCAUGGUGGAGCCGUACAACGCCAUCCUGUACACGCACCCCACCCUGGAGUACUGCGAGGUCGCCUUCCUGGUGGACAACCAGGCCAUCUACCAGAUCUGCAAGGAGAAGCUGGGCAUCGAGCGGCCGCACUACGUCAACCUCAACCGCCUCAUCGGCCAGAUCGUGUCCUCCAUCACGGCCUCGCUGCGCUUCGACGGCGCGCUCAACGUGGACCUCAACGAGUUCCAGACCAACCUCGUCCCCUACCCGCGCAUCCACUUCCCACUGGCGACGUACGCUCCCGUCAUAUCCGCCGACAAGGUCGGCCACGAGAAGAUGACUGUCGCGGACAUCACCAAGUCCUGCUUCGAGCCGAACAACCAGAUGGUUAACUGCAACCCGCGCAAUGGCAAGUACAUGGCGGUUUGCCUGCUCUACCGCGGGGACGUGGUUCCGAAGGACGUCAACGCAGCCAUCGCCCUCAUGAAGAAGGAGCGCACGGUGCAGUUCGUCGAAUGGUGCCCGACCGGCUUCAAGGUUGGGAUAAACUACCAGCCACCCACCGUGGUGCCCGGCGGGGACCUGGCGCGAGUCUCCCGUGCCGUCUGCUCGCUGUGCAACACGAGCGCCAUCGUGGACGCCUGGGCCGCGCUCGACUACAAGUUCGAUCUCAUGUACGCCAAGAGGGCCUUCGUGCACUGGUACGUCGGCGAGGGCAUGGAGGAAGGAGAGUUUUCCGAGGCGAGGGAAGACCUGGCCGCCCUCGAGAUGGACUACCGGGAGGUGCAAGAGGACACCAUGCCCGACGACCAGGACGACUACUAAGACUGGGUACAUCUCACAUCAAACUUCAUACAUACUUUCUCACGGAAAAAAAUAAACGAGUUAUUUAACAAUAGAGA